AUGUCCCACUUCUUAUCCAACCCCCUUCAAAAGCCUUACUUGUUUGAGCUACCUCGUCCUCCGCAUCCCUUAACACCUCCAGAAACAGACAACGAUUUCAACUCGCAGCAACACUCAUCAAGUUACGCGCACAAUGUACAUGCUGCAGACGCAGAGCUUGCAUCUCCUUACGCUGCUACAGCGGAGACCCCGGCGCCAUUGUACCGAAAGCCUUCACUUGCAUAUAUCAACUCCAGCGGCCGCGAACAUCGCGAGAGGAUAUUCCAACGUACCGCUAUCAAAUGGCUUGUCGUUGUCAUUCCUCCUGUCUCAUUCGCGAGGGAACGCGGUCGUCUAGGCCAUACACUAUCUUCUGGUACCGCAGGCAGGCUCUCACAAGGUAUUCUUAUGCCUCUAUUUCCCACCAUGGGAGGUCAACUUGGGGCAAUAGCGCGCGAGUUCAAUUUACCGAGCGUCACUGGUUUGUGUCUCUAUCUACACACCAUUCACAAUGGUGUCUCUUUGUACCCUCGAAUCUCGGAUGAGUCUUGGCAUAUACUUUGGGCUCACCUCUUCGAGGCUCGCUCACCUGUGUCUGCGCAACAACAGCUACCCAUCGGCGGUCAGAUCGAGUUCGACAUUGAUCUAGCGAAGGCACGCUGGUAUGAGGCUUGGGUAGCUUCUCCUCGCAAGGAGGCCGCGGAUGUACCCCAUUCGGUAGCUCAUUCUCAACGUCAGUCAUUAUCUCAUUGGCGCGGCGAGAGCAGGACAACAUUCCUGGACGAGGAGAUGGAUGAACAAGUGGACAAUACCUCACAAACACAACACCUGCGGGGGCUCGCAAACGCUCGCAGGACUGGUCCGAAAAAAUUAUCUUUAGUGGAUCGGUUUGAGGUCGCUUCUGUCGUGUCUGGAUCUAGGUUAUUCCGUGGUCCAUCUCCCCCAAGCCCGUCUGAGGAGGCGCAGUUGCGCAGCUUAUCGCCUAUUGUUCAAGAGGAAGAACCGAAGACGGCUCGGAAGGAUAUUGAUACAUUCGUGCACUCAUGGCGCGCAAGCGCAUCCAUAGGUCCAAGCCCGCUGGCUGCUACAGGGCAGACGAGUCUCGAUGCUGCAAAUAUGCCGAAUACAAUGGGAGACAUCGAGACACCCGACGCCCAAUCUGAGCUUAACUUAGACGAUUACGCAUGGUCUAUAUCUUCUGUCGGCCCUCCGGAAUAUGAUAUUGACGACGACGACGCAUCGAUUGUCUGGCGCCUACCCUCGCCCGAUAUCGCACAACGUGCUAUGUCCGAUGUUCCUCCUACACCGUCCACAGCCACUAGCUGGGGUGCCCCGCUGUCUUACCCCCCUUCUCCUCUCGCUGCCUCCGUAUAUACGCCGUCCAUUGGUAUUGCCGAAAGACGUGUGUUCAGUCGUCCUGUUACUCCGUCCACGGCGACUUCCUGGGGACCACCUUCGUACCCUGUCUCUCCGGUCGAUAUUCAGUUCCGCGUGCCCUCCCCCGACGUUGCAGCUCGUGGCUUGCACAGUGCUCCACCCACUCCUUCUACGGCUACUUCUUGGGGUCCUCCAUCGUAUGCACCAUCGCCUGUGCACAGCGAGUUCCGGGUCCCUUCGCCUGAUCUUGGCGCGAGGAGUAUCCUAAGCGUUCCUUCGUCUCCUUUGCCAGUACGACUACGUCCGUAUACGGGUAGUCUCACGGUCGAUUUGACAUCUCGGCUGGAUUCAACACAAAGUUGGUGUCAUGUUUGGCCAUAUCAAACGCAGGAAGUUACUUCGCCUGCAUCCAGAUUGGCGUUUCCAUACUACAAUGCCCGUGGUGGGUCGCCGUGGCCUCACGUUUGGCCAUACCAAAUUCAAGAUGCUACAUUGCCUAUGUCUAGGCUGACAUUCCCGUACCAGAAUGAAACUGCUGUGCCAGAACUACCGUCGUCUGUACCAGUGUGGAAGCAGGUAUGGCCCUACGUGAAGUCUUCCACGAACCUUCCUGAGGCUGCAGAUGGGUCGAAAUAUCCUUACUUCAACCUGUACCCCGCAGUGUAUCCUUCCUUUUCCUUGUACCCUCCUCUGUCGAGAGUCGUGGGUGGAGUCGGCGAGAUGCCACGUGCCGUUCUGAGAGUGACUUACCCUGUCCUCACAAUUUAUCCAGCAGUAUAUCCCCAUUUCGAUAUUUACCCGGCGUUUCCCGAUGAACGAAUUGAGCAGAAGCGGACCCAGAGGACGGUAUGUCCCGUCGAGGCACCUGUCAUUCGAAUGGGAGUGCAGUACCCGGCCUUUGAGCUAUAUCCAGCUGUUUAUCCUUGGAAUUUGCAAAGGAUCUACCCGGAGAGUCGCACCGUCUUUGACGAGGCUUUGUCCAUUGGAGUCAACUCGGUGGAUGUUCGUCUUUCCCUUUCGUAUCCUACAUUUGAUAUCUAUCCAGAAGUAUAUCCACACAACCUGCAAAACAUUUAUCCUAGAGUAGUAAGGGAUAUUGCGCCCGCAGCGAUUGAAACACGACUUCUGAUAUCCUACCCAGCGCUUGAGAUUUAUCCAGCAGUGUAUCCCCACAAUCUUGCACACAUUUAUCCCAGCUCUGCGACUUUGAAUGAUUUGAUCGAGAAAGAUAUCACGUAUGUUAAUGAACGGGUUGUGCCAUAUCCCAGGUUCAACAUAUAUCCCGCCGUCUAUCCUCAUAACCUUUCUGAGAUCUAUCCAUUGUUGACUGCGGAUGAACUUGUUGUCCUCACCAAAUCUUCCCCACUCUCUGAGACAGACGUCGUGGUUAGCCUUUAUACUGAAUACCCAGCAGUUGUGCCGUAUCCAGCAAUUUAUCCUUGGAACCUGGAGAACAUCUACCCGCCCUCUCAUUUUGUUGAUAUGUCUACGACUGUGCGCAAAAUUAGCUCGAUAUCUCUUGCGCUCACCGACUAUCCGAUCUUACGCCCAUACCCUCCAGUGUACCCACACAAUCUAGAACAUAUUUACCCUCCUCCCACACUAGCAAAUGUUUCGAGCUCCCAAGGAGCUAUAUCUACGGCAUUGACCGUUUCGUAUCCACACUUUGAUAUUUAUCCUGCGAUCUACCCUCAUAAUCUGACAUGUAUCUACACUUUCGCAUCAUCCGCCGAUACAUCGUCCGGGCAAGCAUGCAGUUUCCCGAUCACCACAGCGAGUAUAUGCGUGACUUUGACUAAUUAUUAUCCAUAUGUCUCCCCGUAUCCCAACAUGUACCCUUUCCUGGAAAUCUACCCAAACGUGCCACCCAACAUAACCGGAAAGCCUAGAAUAAAUAUUAAAGCAAAUUCAUAUCCCGUUUUUGAUAUUUAUCCAGCAUUGUAUCCAUUCCUAACCAUUUAUCCACGUGUCUGGACGGUCCAGGACUCGACUACCGGCACGACUACUCAGCACCUUUCGCGGAGGAAGCCACGAUUCAGCCACUCGCAGCUACAUGAUAUGGUGUUCCCGCUCCCAACUGGCCUAUCUCAAGUAACCUCUCCAACGCAGCUAUCGCAGUUCGAUGUAACAUCGACUCCUUCACGCUUACGAUCUCGCGCAGGCACUGUGAGCAUGCGACCCGUCCCGCCACCCAAACCUGCUAGUGUGUCCUCGCCCAAAAUUUUGUCGCCGCUGCCCAGUGAUGCCGGAUCUUCGAUCCCUCGGCUGUCCAUAUCCCCUUCAGCGACUUCGAGACGACCAUUGACCAUGAUUGGACUCCCCGCUCACCCCGCUGUUAAUCGACGGAUGUCAUCGGCACUUGGGAGAUCAGGUCCAUCGUCUGCACUCCCGCCUCCGCCAACAGUUAUUGAACCCGAAGCUCAAAGUGGAAUACCUCAGUCAGUGCGGCGCCUCUCACCUCGCCCCUCACUAGAGAGCAUCGAGGAGAGCAGCGGGCAAGCGUAUUCCGUAGACCUUGUUUCGCCGGAAGACGCAUACGCAAAACAAACUACCUCUGCCACGUUGCCCAAACCACUAGUUUUGGGGACUCCGUCCGAUUUGAGCCGAGCCAAAACAAUGCCGAGUUCAAGGGGUAGAGAUCGUGAGAGAAGGGCAAGUGUGGUUUUACAGAAAGCCAGGGCGUACGAUCAAUCCAGUGAAACGGGUGAUGCCCCGAUGAAGAUUACUAUGUCCACUCUCGCACAGUUUCCAACGCCUCCGCGCCCUCCCCUGCCACCAUUACCGAAUAAUAGGCCCCCAGUAUCCAGAUUAGACCGGUCAAAGUAUCCGUUCGCUUGA